UUGGUAUUUCAUUUUGUAUUUCUAUUUAUUUCUUUGUAAGUGGUACAUGUCAUUCUGACAGACACCGUCCUUUGGGACUGAGAACACCGGUAAAGUGCAAAAGGAAGAAAAAGGUCAAAUCACCUUUUCCACCUUCCGCAAACCCUAUCAGUCUUUCAAAUGAUACACGUUUUCUAGUGCUAGAAACAGAAAAUCCUGUCCCAUAGCAGGGUAAUGGUAUCCUUUUCAAUAAUUGUAGUUUUUAUUUAUCUCUCUUAUUUUUUUGAGAGUGGGAGAGAGAGAUAUCAGCAUAUACGGCUUAGUUUCCCUUAGCUUGUUUAGCUUAGUUUAUAAUGUAAACUAAACAUGUGAUAGAAGUACUGUUUACAUUUAUGGAGUCUUGAUUAGACUUUGUUUUUUAACACCUCUUUCUCUACUUCCUGGCUCCCCUAAUGCCAGAAACGUUAGAUACAACCUCAAGAUUAAAAGUAGCAAAAACCUCAUCAGAAAAGGGUGACGGUGUAUUGGUGGCAGAUGACAAAGUGACAUCUGGUUGUGUUGACUAUAUAUAAAAAUAGCAGUAUGUGGGAGCCGAUAGAGGAACUGAAAGGGCAGAACGAGAAAAAAAAAAACACAAAGCCUUAACAGCUGAAGCAACAAACGAUUUACAUUCAUACUUUAUUGGUAACAAUCGUUGCAUUUAAAUGACAUUUAAACUACUGACUAAAAUGCUGCAUAUCACUGCAGACUCGUGUUACUUCUGCUACUAUGUGGUCUUCAUAAGGACUUCACUCGACCUCACUUUUUUUAGCACUUUCCUCACUCCUGUUUCAAACACACUUCUGUAAUCAGAAUGUAUAUAUAUAUAUAUUUUAGCAUGAAUUGACAGUUGUUGAAAGCAUCUGCCUACCGCUGCAGUGGAGUGUCCACUUACUGUCUUUAACAGGUUCUGAGAAAACAACUCUACAUAUAAACACAAUCAUACCUGCGUGAAUGUGACUGAGAUGUAUACGGAAAUGUUAGGGCAGUGAGUGUUUUUCUUCUGUUUCUGCUUUUUCUCUGUAGCUGAACUACUUCUUGAGGAAACCACAGACCUGACGAGAUAUGUAGUAACCACUAUUAGAAAAUGCUUUAAAAAGGAAACAACAUUUAGAAGAGAAGCUACUGAUCAUAGGGAAACCAAAAGUGAUAGCAGACAGAGAUUAUGAUGCUGAAAAUAAUAGUUUCGUAGUGUGCAUGAACCUGCUUUUCUCCGUCCUCUUCUGAGAAUCUGCAAAAAGCGACUGGUGAGUCCCAGAACCACGGCUUGAAAAUGAGUGAGCGCAUUAGCCAGGGAAGCCGUGCUGGAGUGCACUUCUGUUCUCUGGGCUUCGUCGUCAGGUUCUGCCCGUUAGAAAAAUAGGUGAUAGGAUGGCAGAUUGAGGAGAAGCAGGUGACAGAGCAGUACAAAUAGACUGUAUUUCUUACGUUCCUUCUAGAAAGGUUGGUCCAAUGCAAUUCGAUGUGAAAAAAAGAGUUGUUUUUUUCAGGCCCUUUACAUAGUAUGUAAUGUGUUUCAGCAUUAUUGGCAGAGGCUUUUGACUAUUAUUAGCUGGAGAUACUCUUCAGUGAUGGUACACUAAGCAAGCUCCUUGGUGUGCUGAUGAGUGACAACAGGAUUCCUGCCUUUCCCAUGGGUUGUCCAGAAUGUCUCAGUUUGUAAAGUUCACACAAGGCACUGGGCACUGUCUCUUGUGAUGAUGCCAAUGGCCUCCGCAGACUGAGAGCAGCAAAUAACAAGAUGUAAAAAAAUUAUAUUUGUGAAGUACGGUUUCACAAUGUACUUAGAGAAUUGACUUACUCAAUGUACUUACAUAGUUUAGUUUCAGACCUGCUUUUUUUUCCUCGCGUCUCUGACACUUAGACUUGGGUGCUGUGGUAACUAAUGCAGUAAAGUUUGAAGCUAGAAAAUCUUUGGAACUAGCGCUGCUGCCCCCUUUGAAUUAACUGAACACAAAAGGCAGAUGAAGACUUAAUCAUGGGACAGGAGGGCUUUGCUAACUGGGCGUUAAAAGUAAGACACCUCCCUCACAUAAGAGAUUCUGCAGCACACGUAAGUCUAGAGCAAAUUCUACUCUAUGUUUUCUUGCUUCACUGCCUCCGGGUUUGCAUGCCCUUUUAUUUUAGACAUUAGUAUAAACUGUUCUCCAUGGAAACGGUAUCUUGGGAACUGGCAGCUGCCUUAUAUUUAAACAAUACAGAUCAUCCUGUGACCACAUAGUUCUCUUUCAUGUGUUUCAGACAAGCUAAGCAUUCUUCUGUGGGAAAAGGAGGGGCCAAAAAGAUGGGGAUUGGUGUGCUAGAAGGGUCAUGAGGCAGAAUUAGGUGUGCAUAGUUUUAAAAUAAACCUGGACAUAAAGAUGGAAAAAUAUAUCUUCUGUGGUGUUAAUACCAAAAGGCAUUGAUGAUAUUUGAAGUAGUGUGAUGAUGUUUGGAGUCUGAGGGAUAAUUGUCUCCCUUCAAUGGGACAGGAGGUGCAGAGUGUAUUGCCAUAAAUCCUGGGAGGAGAAAGACGAGGUUGUACUGACCAAAACGGCACAGAAGCAACACGUAAAAUACACCAAAUAAUCUUGAAUAUCGUGCAUUAGAAUUGAAGUACUAUCUCAGUGCUGAUACACGAUCUAGGAUUGAUGGAAAGUACUGUUGAUCCACCUUACUUACAUAAUUACAUCCCAUUUCUUUUGUGGCCUUAAAGUAGAAGGUCAUCCUGUGUAUGCAAAAGCUUAGCUCACUUUGUCAGGUACUAGAAUACAAUUGAUAAUAUUUGGAGGUAGACUUUACCAAAAAAAGAAAGGCAAAAGGACCCCUGUUAAGAACAAAAGCUGCUGGGAGCAAUUUGAUGGUGCUGUGGGGCUUCAUCAGCAUGAGCGUUGUGUAAAGAGAGGGGUAAGGAGAGUCUCCCACUUGUGACACCUCCCGGUAUGUGUCAGUGACACUUUUGACAUCACAGGGUGGGAGGGUAAGAAGAAUUACAGACAUACGCCCCCAUCCCACCCCCCACCUCCCCAAAAAGUCCAUUUGUUAUAGUUACAGGAAUUCUGCAUUGUCACUGGCAGAGUUGUGAUCAGAGAUGGGAAAUUAUAUUUCAACUUCUUUAUGUAGUUGCUUCGCAGAAAAACAAAAAUGGUUUAAAUAAUGUUCAAUAUUUAACAUAUUACUGCCAAAAAGUAUGUGUUUUACCAUGACUCCACAGUCUGAGUGUGCACUUUAGUGUAGGGCACCAAGUCUUAAAUCUGUCCUCUAAGAAACUAGAGGAUUGAUUGUUAUAUUCUAGGAAAAUAGUUGGGUAUAUCUUGAAUAUUCUUUUGAUACUGUCAGGUAAAGUGAUCUUCCAGAUUUGCUUGGAAUUAAGGCUUUAAAUCAAUGAUUUCUUCAGCUCAACAAAAAUAAGUACUACACAGUAUAAAGUGGCAGUAUUGUCUUCAUCUAGAGAAGCUGUGGUCGUGUCUUCAGUGAACAAAGGACUGGCUUGAUUUUUCUGCAUCCCUGUUUGAUAGUGAAUCUACUCCUGAAACUCAGUGAAAACAUCUUCAGUGUUGCUGACCUGGGAGAGAUCUAGACCAUGAAAUCAUUGCUUUUCUGUGGUGGCCUGUCAUUAUGGCAUAUCAGAAAGGCUUUCUUUUUCUGCUCUGUUUUGCUGGCAUGUGGCAGAACAAAGUUGUUCUGCUCCUGAAAGCACACAGACAGCUAAAACAUGCACUGCCUAGAGCUGCGUGCUUGGAUAGCUGAGCUCACUUGCGGUAUUUUCCUUUUAACUCUUCUUUUAGAAAAAGAAACCAGGGCAAGAAAUCAGUCGUGAAUUUUCUGUGAAAUACAAAGAUUCCCAAUCAGCAUCUAAUUUUCCCAUUUCAGCUCAUGUCAGGCACUGUUAGAUACUUGCUUUGUCAACACUAGAGGAGUUGAAACCUCUAAGCCUGGGGGAUGAAUCACAUAAUUGCUGAAGGUAGGAAGAGUCAGAGGGGCACAUUAUGUGAAGUGAAAAUUACCGUUGCCAACUUCUGGGCAUCGCAAUCUGGGGCAGGAAUUCCUGCAGGUCACAAAUGGCUGUCUGGGGGACUCUGCCACAAACCACUAAAUGGAGCAGAAGUCUUUACCUAAGUAAACAUAACAUUAAGCAGUAAGCAAAAAUGUCCUUUUGACUGUCUUCAGUGUGUAGAAACAACAGUGUUACUGUGAGAAUGCAGUUUAGACAUGUCCUGAAGGACUCACGUUGAUUUUCAAAUAUAACCUUCCGAAGCUGUAUAUUUUUGCAGAUAAAUACAUUUGAUCACUGGAGGAAAUGUUAAUUGUCUAGAUAUACAUAAACACAACAUAACUUGAUUUGUCAUGUACAUUAGAGAAUACGGUUAUAUUCAGGAAUGCAGGUAUUUGAUAAUUUAUAGGAUUGGCUUUCCAGAAAUGAAAACAUCAUGGGCAAAUUGAGUGGGUAAAAGUACUUACACAACCAUUCUCUGAGAUAUUUCCUAAGACUUUAUGGAUGCCCUAAGUAUUUUUUUCAUAUUAAGGGAAAUGAAGGCAACAGGAAGAGAAAACAGUAAAUAAAUACGUACGUAUAUGCAUGCAUAAAAAGGGAAAGUGAAAUAGCAGUUAGGAGGCACAAUAUAUCCAUAUAUCUACGGCCAGUUGAAAGAACUAAUACAAUUUUAAAAUGUGUCAGGGACACAGUAAUUGGUAGCAAUUUUGUAGAUUAGACUGAAAUAGCAAAGUAUCUGUCACAAUGCAGAAGAGGCAGAAAGGUUGGGCUAAUAGUCCUGGUUUGUCUUUGCACACUGUGUUCUUGCCUUGCAGUAGUGAUGAAAUUUCAUUUCUAUUAUCAGUACUAAAAGAAUUUUCAAUGAAAGCUGUUUAAUGUCUUGGAGUGGGCAAAAGUCACUUUACCCAGGCAAACUGAAGGGUUUUGCUGAGACAAAAUUUGGUUGGCUGAAGACAGUUCUUGGAUCUAGGGAGAAGCCACCUUUGGAGCAAAGCUUAAGAAGAAUAAGUCCAGAACUGCAAGGUUGUUCUGUCUGCAUUUGCCCUGGGCACAGUAAGGGGAAGGCUGAAGUGCCAUGGGAGUGGUGGGUAGGAAAAAGGAGCAUAAUCAAUUUUUUGGAAAACAGACUGUCAAACUAUCAUUAAAAAAAAAAAAAAUAGGGGUGGUAGAGACAGAUUUCUUAUACACUUUUAUGGGUGAGGCUACUGAUAUAUUCUGUUGGAUCGUAUUUGAUGUAUUUGCUGUAUGUUUUCUUGCAUGUUAUAGCCUAGGUUGUGUCUCCAGAAGCUAUAAUGUUUCUUGGCCUCCUCCAGUAGCACAAACCAUGCAGGACUUGAGGAAUCCCUCGCUUCUUCACUCCACUCUCCAACAACCAGCUCGUGAGGGAUGUCUACAGCAGCGUGUUCUCAAGAGAUUUGGUUCUAAAACCUUUGCUAGCUUAAAAACUAGAUAGCUGCUACUAAUAAAAAUAGCUGCUACCAGUAUGAAGCCAACAAUUCUGUGUAUCAGCAGCAUCGGCCAGCAGCUCCGUGGGAGGCCGAACACAAGAACGGCACAGGCCGUGUUUCAUCUCCCCUUGCCUAAACGGGACCUGAAGCAGGACCGGAAUUGGCUUCCAUAUCUGUUGACAUCCUGGGUAAAACUCUUUAUUGCUCUCUGCUUUAGCCCAAAUGUGACGUUUGAUGAUGUACCCACCACCUGAGGUUUCCCAGCCCCUGGUCCUGGGAGGUGAGCGGUGCUGGUGGGUCCCAGCCCACCUUGGGGAUGGGGGUCCUGCAGGGAAAUCUGCUGUGGGGAUUCCCAUCUGUUUUCUUUCAGUCUCUAAAACAUCAGAAUAAAUCCUUGAGGAUCCACAAUACCCUUUUGGUGUUAUUCUAAAAAUUUCAGUGGUAUAAGUGAAAGCUGGAGAUUGAACUCCUAUUGGUUUUACUAAGGACCGAGCCAUCAAGCUGAAGUUUAUGAUGUUUUUCCUCUUUAAAACAAAAAAUCCUUAUCGAUACAAUACCUUAAGUCUGAAUACUAUUGCAGUUUAACAAGGGAAUUCCCUUUGUCCCAACAGUCUGUUCUGAGUUCAUUAGCGAUGGUUAUUAAAAAUUCUCCUUGGGAGAAAACAGAACAGAAACCAUAGGCAACUAGCAAGAUGGGUCUGUAUUUUAAAGCAAAGAUUUGGGGGGGAAAUUCAAAUAGUGAUAUUCCCCGUCCCCACAGUGUUACAGAGGUUGGUUUAGUUACAGUUUGUUUAAAAUACUGUUUACAAGGCCACAUAAAACUAAUAGACAGACUAUUAGCAAGUCACAGUCCUGUAAAUGAUAUUCUAUUUCUAGAUGUACAUACAGAACUUGUACAUCCUGAUACUGAUUCAAGGAAUCUACUAGUUUUUUUCCCUAGUAAGUUGUGAGUAUCAACUACAAGGAAUAUUAGAUUUUCCCAUUAUUGUUCUUUAAAAAUGGAUGAAGAUGGAAGUCUCUUGCUGUGAAAAAAUAUGAUAAAAGCACGUGUUCUUUAUAGACAGGUAAGGAUUUUGCAAUGUAGAGGAUACAGCUUUUUGGGGGAUUUAAAGCCAUAUUUUUGACAUGUAGAUAAGAUAUAGAAGAAUGUAACUUUUGACUUCUGCAUAGGAAUGAAUUUAACUUGAAAAUGACAUUUCUUCACAUGCAAGAAGAAAUACACAGUCUGUACCACCUGCAAUGAUUCCUGAGGUUUAAACUGUAUGUGAAAUAGAGAGAAAAAAAAAAAAAACACAUUUCUAUUUUCAGUUCCCCUCUUUCAUUUCUGUGUUCAUUUAGUCUGUUUUCCAUGGUGCCCAGUGCUUGGUUUGAAUGACCAUGUAGUUGCAAUUCGUCUAUCCAUAGUGAAAGAAAAAGAAGUGUCAGUGUUCAAUAACAGAGACAACAGUAUAGGUUUUGUUUCUUAAAAUGAUCAGCCAUGAAAUACAAGAAGGUGCAAAGAACUCUUAUUUUGAUUCCACGGUGGCCACCUGUAUGUUAAGUUCAGGAUGACAGAUUUAUUUACUGAUAUGGAGAACCGACACAAUUAGCCCUUUUGUUGUGCAUGUUGAAAACAGGGAUCUAUUUGUUCUCCACGAAUCUGGCAAUGUUCAUACCAAAAAGCGAUAGCACAUAAGUCCUAGAUUUACAGCAUAAUCAGCCAAAUAUAUUAUUGCCAUCCUCUGUUUAUUGUGAAAUCUAUUUCCCAAUUGCUUAAGGCAUUUUUCUUACUUAAGCAGUUUCCACAAUAUUGGUCCACCAUCCUUUUUGCCUGCCUGAACACUGCUGGGUUUGGACCCGCCUGAGCAAAGAACUCAGCCUCUCAUUAAUGUCAGGUGUUGGGCACUGAUGAAACGCAUUCACCAGCCUCAUUGUAAAAUACAGGAACCCAAACUUUCCAAACCUUCAGAUUUGUACUCGCACUGUACAAAAAUGUAAGUGUAAAACUAAGUGUCAAACACUAAGUGCAAAAUUAAAAAGAAAAAAAAAGCUGAAACCUGUCUUAUACUAGGGGUUUUUUUUGAGUUUCAGCAGAGCAAAUUUCAGUAAUAAUGUCAUGUACUAGUGUAGCUACUCAUUUCAGUGGGAGUUAAGCAGAUAUUAAUAAUAUGCUCUUGAAAAUCCCAUGGACUUACUUUGUACUUUUACCACUUAGUAAAAUUAAAUACUUUUGAAGAAAUUGGCCCUGAGCUCCUGAAUGAGAAUACACUUCCCAUUACUUAAUUUCUCUUCAGAUCGGUGUUGAAAUGUUUAAAGUUCUUGGUUGAAUAGCUUUGAGGUUGCUGAACCAAAUUCUGAAGGAGAACUGCCUUUUUCAUUCCUCUUAGAAGCAGGUUGCCUUUAGAAAAGUGACCUUUCCAAACCUUCAGGUAUUUAUAGUAAAGGGAUCUGUUUGAGGUAAGAGUUAGAAUAAUCUAAAUCACUGAAAUAAUGCAGUAAAGCACAGGGGUUUUUUAGAUUUACUAAAUUAGCAGAGGAAGAGAGAUACAAGAAGAUGUGGGACACUAUAGACACCAGGCUUAAGUAUCUGAGAUGACCAAGCUAGUGGGAAGUUUUCAAGUCCAGUCAAUAUGAAUGGCUGAAAAUGAGCUGCUCCGCUGUUCUGGACGUCCUUCUGGACUUUCACACACACGUGCAUAUGCAUUUAUACAUAUCUGAGCCCGGGGAGUGAAAGGCAGACAGAAAGGGAAGGGGAAGAGGGACGAGUUCUUCGAGACUUUCCUAAAAGACCUUCUGAACGAUGUCACUUGGGACCGGUGUGGUUGAGGCUGAGCAGUGGGGAGUAAGGAACAUGGCGUUGAGGCUCCCCAUUCGGUAGUUCGUGAUGGAAAACAUUCACCACUCCCCUGUCUCGGUGUGUGUGGGCUCCAUAGCCCUAAUUUUGGAGUUACAGCUUGCUUGCUUUCCGUAUGCCUGUAUAGCUGCGACAGCUGCUUUGUGGAGAGGCUGCUUUUGAGCGUACUCUGCCUGCAGGGAUUAUCCGAGUGGCAGACGGACAGAGGUCCCAGGGAAUGCAAAGUGUGCAGCGCUGCGUGUGCCUGCGUAAGCAAGGGCUUUCCAUGCUGUGCUGGCUCCUCCACGCUCUGUGUGCUGCCCUAGGAUUUACACGCAUUGUGGGGUUACUUUGAAGAUUGUCUGAUGUGUUUAUGUGCGUGUAUACACAUUAUGUGUGUCUUAAAAAGAACAUUUGUUCUGGGCAGCUUUUCCUGCUACUUGUUUGCUGUUGUCCUUCAUGGCUAGCUUGUUUUCCUAUUCUCACCUUUCUGCUGUAUUUUACUGGUUUUAAAAAUAAGCCCAUCAACAUUAAUAGCCUUCAUUUUAAUGUUUACUGUCCCUUCUGAAUAGAUCCGUUUUUUCCUGAAUUUACGGAUCACCUGCUGAAGAGUUAGAUUUACUGCAAGAUUGGUCAUCAAUACAUCAUUUUUGCUAACUAGAAAAGUUCAAAAUAGAUUUGAAAAUUGGUCUUUAAAGUGUUAGAUACACAUCUGUGUUUUUUUCUUUCUUAAACAAUAAUCUGCCAAAGAACCUGGACUGAAAUGCCAAGUCCACUUCACUAUUAGGGAAGCUGCUGUGCAAAUCACUUUGCUGUAACACUAAUUAAAUUGGUAGAGAGAGGUUGUUUUAUUGUCAGGUGCUGUGUAGGGUGCAACUCCUGUAGUAACUUCCACUUCACUGCACUUAAAUGUUGGAAGUGUGGGUGUAGAAUGGUUGAGACAGAUGUGGUUGGGAUUUGCUGUACCAGUGGAAUUCCCCUAAUACUGAGGGGGUUUUGGUGUGUGAUAUAGACUGGGCACCCUUCAGGUGUCUCUGACUUGCUCCUGGGUUGGGAAGCCCUGAAAUGGCUUAAAGCUGACUGUACGUCACCUCUGAAUCUCGUUUGGAGCCAAGGUCUGGGUGAAGUGUCUUUGCUGGGCUUCGUGCCAAGUAACACAGGUCUUAGCCUGGGGACGUGACAUGGGUCCACAGUGAGAUGCAGUUCCAGCAGUUUGGAAGGUUUCAGUGGGUCACUCACAGUGACCAAGUCACAUCUGUGAAUUUUUGCAGGAUCAAGCCCUGGAUCUGUGGCAAGGGGUUAGAAAUGUGGACAGCAGUUGUGAAUUUUAAAAUAGAUUUAAUUGCAUCUUCUUACGUUUCAUUGUUGGUCUCUGAAAUUUUUCCAGCAGCUUUUAGGACCCCUUCUAAAAUCAGACAUGAUGAGAUACCACUAGAUUUCAAAGUUUAGCUUUACCCCAAACCAUGUCUGUAUUUUCUAUCUGUCUCUCUUAUUUGACUAAAAUUCAAUGCAAGUUUGUGGAUUUGACAACUGAACUUUAUUAAAGCCUGGGAAUAGUUUCUUUAAGAUUGUAGUAUUGGAGUGUGUGCAGAGGGAUAGGGCUGUGCACCCCAUGCUUGUCCUCUGAUGAGGAAGGUGGUGCCAACUGGUCGAACUGCAGAGCUGGAGUUCUUCUGCUACUAUACUCAUAUCUGUGAUAUUGCUCUCCCUUUCUACUUACAGUCUUUACAGAUGCACAUGAAAUGCAGGGAGCAGCUAAAGAUAAACAAUAAAUGAGGGGAAUUGUAUACUUAAUAUCUUCAGAUACAACAUUGCAUAUCAUCAGAUGGGAACCCUGGCCUGGUAGGUGGUGCUGAGUCAAGGGGUGAAGGAACUACAGUCUAUUUCUUUUUGUACAGACCGAACACUUUGUAAUGACCACCUCAUCUCGUAGCCUAUAGGUGGACAGAUGAGAGAGAGACUUGUAGAGCAGAACAGGCCCCUGGCCUGUGUUUUUGUGCUUCUACAGACAUGCUGGUGCUUUGAAGGCAGUUUUUGUCCCUGCAGUGCCCCGAGAGCCAUGCUCUUUGUUGGCUAUGAUUAUGUUCCCUGCCUUUCUUUUACCAAACCACUCCAGAUCACAGCCAAAGGAGGCCUCUGGGUACAAUAAAUCGAAGUGGGCUCUCAGGUGUCCUGGAUGGCUAAGCAGAUGGGAUCUCCUCCUAAUUUGACCUUGGGGAGAGGACACACUACAAAAAGGAGAAGUGUUGGACUGAAGUAAGAUAUGAACUGUCUGGAAAUGCUAAAAUAAAAAAGCCAAAGUUGUCUGGAAAAACUAAAACAGAAUUUGGGCUUUCUGAUGUAAAUCCAGCCCUCAGGCUGCACAGUGGAGGGUGGUGUUGCUUGCUUUAUUUUAGAAGAAAAGUAGCCAUCCUACCUCAGCACAUCCAUGCUGUGGGAUCAGAUGUUGUUGCCUGGUUUAGUCCUGAAGGCAACAGUUUGAGGGCUCAAAUCCCUAGCUGUUAUCCUUUCACAAAUGGCAGAAGUCUCACAGCAGCAACGAGCAAGGAUAUUUUAACUGGCAAUAUUGACAGAGACAAUUUAUAGUCUAUUGUGUGGAUGCAGCUGCUGACCAUUCAUACCCUGCCGCCAUCUCGGCAUUCCUGACUCUAUUUUUGACAAAGGAUGUUUAACCAGGAAUGCCUUCAUAUCUCAGCAUAAUCUAUAUCUUGGCCAUUUUCGUCUUUUCUCUGUUCCCUUCCUCCAGCUUCCCCUCAUUCCCAUACAUCUCACAGACACACAUCUCUGAAAAAAAAAGUGUGUGAAGGAAGUGAAGCUAAAACCACCAUCAUAUACCAUAAAUACAACUCAGUAGCAGAAGAAAUGUUUGUUUGGCAAAUAUUUUACAUAAAAAAUCUGAAACCAAGAAAACUCCUGUAGUUACUACUGGAACUAGAAAUCUCUUUACACAGUUAAUGGAUGAAGAGUUUUUAAGUGCCAUCCUUUCAAACUCCACUUCCCGGGUUUGCUUAGGAUGGGGCUCGCUAUGGAAAGAAUGCUCAGUGUGUUCUGCCAAGGCAUUGCACACCCUGUGAGCACAGAGCUGGGGAGAAAUGGCCUUUGUACAGUUACAUUGCACUUUAUUAAAUUAUUAGUUUUACCUUUUUUUUUCCAGUAAGUCACGUUCAGUCGUAGCGCUUAGACUAGUCACACUGACCAUGAGUAACUCAUGUGGUAUCAGCACAGAGCUCCCUCUGGCCCCAGGAACAGGGUCGUGGGUGGCAGCAGGCAAGCAGCAGGGUUGCAGUGACAAGUCUGUGCCUGGACUGCUGGCAGCCCUCAGGUGUGAGGUUGUCACGACAUCACUUUUCUUCCUUGCUAUACCACACGCAGGCUCAUUUUUCUUCUGUUUUUCUAGUUACUGAUAAGAUUUUGUGACAAUAAAUCUCUGUAUUAUGUUUGUUCCUAUUACAGCACAGACUAGAAAGGACAGAAUAACGUGUAAUAUCCCAUAUAAUAUGGAUGGAUAUUGGUAGUAGAUUAUUUUCCUCAAGGGAAUGUGGUACAGUGGGGGUGAAGAAAGAAAGCCGAGAGUCUUUUUCCAUGCACAGAUUUUUCCUGGGGUACAGCGCAGUCACGCGGAGUCAAGGGCACACUGUGCAGCUGCCCCUCGCAGUCGGGGAGCGUGCACCCCAUGGGCUGUCCUGCUCCGGGGAGACAACUGACUCCAUCCAUUGCUGCAGAGGCUUGCUGGGCUUUCAGGUUGCUGGACAAUCAGCCCUAGGCUCUUUUGAAUGAUGUUCAGAGUACCAAGCAGAGUAGGCAGAAAGAACUGAGAUAUAUUAAAAGUAAGUGACUUGUGACAUCUCAAAAAACAGCUUUUUUUAUUUAUUUAAUUUUAUUUGAUAUUAUAUUUUACUUUUGUUCUUUUUAAAAAUUAUUUUUAUUUUGCUUGCCCUGUUUUUCAUCACGCCUGCAGGGAGGCUUGGCCUGCUGGCUGGCUCAGCACACAGGAGAAAAUUUGGUGCAGCUGUGAUUGACAAGACCAUGAUGUCCUGUCAGGGAGGCUGCAUUUUAGAAAUAAAUUGCUUUGGGAAAUUGCAAUGGGAUAGCUGCCAGUGAGCUAAACUGAAAGUGUCUUUCAAACAUAGGGAUGCUCGUCCUUCUGUGUGCCCUUUCCUUCUGUUAUGCAUCUGCAAUUCUCGUGGGGAGACAGAGAAGUCUCCAUUAUUUCCUGAUCUAUUAUUUUCUUCCCUCUCUCCCCUCUCCCUGUCUUUCAACACCGAAGCAUCCCAGCAAUGCCAGGAGGCUGGUAUGCCCCGGGAGGGUAAGAAUAGUCCACAAUGGCAGAGAUCACUCCUGUUCGUAUUUGUCUACUUGCAGUUGUCUGGACAGAGGAUCCACACAAGAGAUCUAAGUGUAAACUCCUUUGGAAAUGCUGACAUCAUUGGGACAUUGGGAGCUGUAAGUGGUGUGAACCUGUUCAAACAUGGAGCGCUGGGACUCGCUGGGAUUUUUGAUUGUCACGCUCAACUAUAAUGUGACUAUUGUAGGAAAGAUCUGGCUAACGUUAAUAAUUCUGCUGCGGAUGGCAGUGGUAGUGUUAGCAGGCUAUCCACUCUACCAGGAUGAGCAGGAGCGCUUCGUCUGCAACACCCUGCAACCAGGAUGCUCCAACGUUUGCUAUGACUUGUUCUCUCCUGUAUCUCACUUCAGAUUCUGGCUCAUUCAAACUGUGUCUAUCCUGCUACCUGAUGCUGCAUUCAGCGUUUAUGUUUUGCACAAGGCAGCUAUGUACAUUGUAAAAAUGCACUGUUUGGUGCAUGGGUACAAAGGGAAUAAAGGUUUAUCAAGCCCCAAAGACCUAAAGGAGCUCUGUAGAAGUGCUCUUGUUAAUCAAUUAGAUUGCAGUGCAGACAGCCUAAUUGUCCUUAAUUUUUCUGGGGCAUAUACAGUUCAUCUUUUUUUUAGGACACUGCUUGAGGCUGCCUUUGCAGCUGUCCAAUAUUUUCUUUUCGGGUUUUUUGUUCCUGAGCGUUUUUCCUGCUACCAUUCACCUUGUACAAGCACAGUUGACUGUUAUAUCUCCCGGCCCACUGAGAAAUCCAUCAUGAUGGUUUUCAUCUGGGGGGUCAGCAGUCUGUCCUUUCUGCUUAGCCUUGCUGAUCUUGUCUGUGCCCUCCGAAGGAUGACAGCAAGAAACCAAAAGAACAAGCUACUGGCAAACCCCCACGUAGAGGAUGAGUGCGUUUUAAAUCUUCCCCCAGUACAGCAUGGUAGCUCUUCUCCACCUCAAAAUCAAGACUGUCCCAUAUCAAAUAGCAGCCAGACCACUGAUGGCUCCUGCUCACUUCUUUCUGAAGAGGAAGAAGAGGCUGUUCUUCAUCCUGAGGUGGUCUCUCAGCAAACUGCCAGCACUAACCUUAACAGCAACAGCAAUAAGCCCGGUAUAUCAGGAGAUCUUGCUGUUGAGCAAGACAGCACUGAAGAACCCUUGUGUGCUGGUGACCACCACGGAACGGCAUGCAGGCGAGCCAGACCCAGGCUUCAGCAAGACUUCAUUAAAGACACGGCCCUGACUUUGAGACCUCAGAUGAAGUCUCACCUUGGAGUUUCUUCCUCUGUAGUUCAGAGCAAGCUUUUAGGACACUACCCUUCAGCUGAGCUAAAAAACCCUGAUGCACAAUCAAAUUAUAGCAGUACUAGUUGCUUGAGGUCAAAAAAGUCAGAGUGGGUAUGAAGCCUCCAGUGAACACUACCCUGUGACCCUGGCAGAACACAGCAUUGCAUCACUGAGGAGGUUUCAGAUAGUUUCAGCUGGAUCCCUCGGCUGAGGUUAUGCUGCAGAGACACUGCUAUGCUGUGUUCCUCCAUGGAAGAGGAAGCAAAAAACUUGUAUAAGAGUUUGAAGGAUAUUGCAUUAAGGGAACUGUUCUUUGGAAAAUGUAACAACUUUAUGUUUCUCAGAGUGUAAUUUAAAAAGCUGUGGACUGUCACUGAUGUGACUGACCUUGUUUUCCAGGAGUACGUGUGAACACUUUUUUAUCCUAACCUAGUUUUUUGCAAAAGAUUGAGUUUAGGAAAGGUGUGACUUUUAAACACAGUUGUACAUUGUCUACUGUCAGAAGGUUAAUUUAUCUCCUCAUGCUAAAUUCUCUAGGCCCUCUCUAAGAAAUAUACCCAAGCAAGAAGAGUAGACAGUGAAUAAAAUAAAAAUAUAUGUUUUGUAGUCAA